CACAACAAUGGCGUGCACGAUCGAUUUUCGGUGCCUCGACGAAGGUUUUGGCGGCAAAACCUACAAACGCAAGAGACAGUCCCAAUGCAACGAAGUUAACGAUGCCGACGCCUCCAUGGACGUCGACGGGGAAUUCCCGCCGGCGGCAAAGAGAUCGGCGGUGGCGUCGUCGGAGAAUCCCGACAAACCUACCUUUGGGAAGCCGACCUACGACGGCGUGAUCGCCGGAAAGGUCUCCGGGCGGAAGUGGAAGCAGCCGAGGAAGCGGCGGGCGUCUGCGGCGCUGGUGAGAAGGGGGCCAAAUUUCGAGGAGAGGGCGAGAGAGAAGGAGGUGAAGAGGGCGUACAGAGAGAGGAAGGAGGAGCUUAAGGAGGAGAUCAGGAGGAACAAGGAGGAGAAAAGGAAGCUGAGGGAGGAGAGAGAGAAGAGGAAGAAAGAGAACAUCUUGAGGUCUGGUACGAAGCUCCAGAAGAUCACGAAUCCCAAGACGCUGCAGAGGAUCGCUAAAUCGAAGGAGAAGAAGCUGCUUAAGGUUGUUCCUGACGAUAUGUUCAACCCUAACAAGAAGAAACAAGGCUAGAAAUUUCAGUGUAAUUUCUCCAGAGUUCUUCCGUGGAUUUUGGAAAUGGAACUUUUGUUUUCUUUCUUUGUUUGUUCUGAAUGUGAAAUUUCUAGUGUUUUUUUGACUGUUGAAUGAAAUGUCUCUAAUAUUGAUAUUCUCUAA